UUGGUUAUGGUUAUUUUGUUUCAAUUUAUUUAGUAUGAAUUGUAAAAAAAGGACUUCGAUAUUUGUGUAUUUUUGAAUUACUAAUUUUUGGGAUUAGUUUUCAUGACUCGAUUUGUUUAUGUCACAAUUGAAAGUCAUUUCAUUGAUGUAUGCUGCUUGUAUGGAACAAAAAUAAGUGGAAGUUGCUGUUCUCAAAACUUGGAUAGGGAAAAGAUUAAUAACAAGUUACACUCACCUUGAACAAUUGAAUUGUUUUGCUCAACUGUACAGAUUAGUCGUGUCUUCUAUAUCCAAUAUAGAAAUAAUAAAAAUACAAAAUGCCAAAGGUGGUAUCAAGAAGUAUAGUCUGCUCGGACACAAAAGACCAAGAGGAAUACAAUGAAACAAAACCUCUUCAUAUAUAUUACUGCAUAUGUGGGCAAAUGUCCCUAAUAUUGGACUGCACGACCGACAAACUGCCCUUAAGACCCACAGACGGUGCAAGGGUCAUAGAUGGAUCAAAGCAUGCCCACAAAAUAACGUCAGAUCCGGACGAAACAGUACAUUUAAAACGAGAAAAGGGCAUAGAAAGGCAAUAUAGGACAAAAUGUAAAAAAUGUGGCAUACCAUUAUUUUAUAAACAUGAUCAAAACAGUAACGUAGUAUUUAUAAUGAACGGGGCGUUAGUCGAAUCAGCCGAAGGAUCGUUAGCGGAUAUUUCUAAGCAGGUGGCGCUUUCACAACCUAAGAAAAUUAUGGUUACGAAACAUACCAAGAACAUGGGUAAAUUUAGCUCGGUAACCGUAUCCACCAUAGAUGAGGAAGAAGAUGAAAUUGAGGCCAGGGAAGUUGCAGACAGUUAUGCGAACAAUGCAAGGAUUAUCGAGAAGCAAUUGGAAAGAAAGGGUAUGAAUAAGAGACAAGCUGAAACCCCGUCGCAGAAUGUAGCGGAGAAAAGAGUGAGAGGAACCUUGAUUGACAAAUAAAGAUAUAUAUUAUU